AGUUUUAAUUUAUAACUUUUGAAAUUGCUUUCACGAUAAUGACUGCCAUUUCCACGUCAUUUUAUCGAGUUAGUGAUUAUGUACGUCGUGCAAGAGAUCCAAGAUACUCAGAAAUGAUUCAUCAAGAGCAUUUAAACGUCAUCAGCAUACCGAUUGUCGACACCUGUAUCAACUCUGUGCUACCUCACAACAUGAACAAGAACCGAUAUCCAGACUAUCCAUGUUGGGAUAUUUCUCGGGUAGUUCUUAGAUCCAACAAUGGCUUGGACUUCAUCAAUGCCAACUACGUAGCUGGUUUUGACAUGAGUGCGAAAUUCAUAGCGACGCAAGAGCCGAUGCCUUCCACUUUCGGUGAUUUUUGGACCAUGGUCUGGCAGGAAAAUUCUCGUGUGAUUGUGAUGCUAAAUGGCACUAAACAACAGCCAAAACUACUAAACCUCAAGUACUUCUCUCCAAAUGAAGAUCACACGAUAAUAAAGGAGUUUAUCAUAAAGGAAGAACGCAUCAAAUUGAUGCCCCAUUAUGUUAAAACAACGUUGAAAGUCAUUUAUAUACAGACUGGAGAAUUGAGGGUGAUCCAUCACUUCCAAUACUUGGACUGGCCAGAAACUGGCAUUCCUGACGUAAAAACGUUUCUUGACUUUAUGAUAGCCGUUAAUAAAAAGGACCAACAGUAUUUCAGGAAAGUACUGCAAACUAACCAAGUUUUACCAGGUCCAAUUGUUGUUCACGGUGACAAAGGAAUCGGCAGAACUGCAGCGUAUUGUGUUGCAGAUAUCUGCCUAUACCAGCUAGUACACACAGCAGUCGUAUCAGUGCCAUCAACUGUGAUAAAAGUCAGGCAGCAGCGAAGAUUCAGCAUUGAAACUCCAAACCAUUACAUUUUUAUAAAUAAUGUCCUUGUUCACUUUCUGGUUACUCUGCGAUCAAAUGUUACCAUGUUCACGGAACUUCGUUCCCAUUUGAUGAAAAGUGAUGUAGAUAUGAUGUUCAAACUUUGAGAGGCGCCAAUGACGUAAGUUUGAGGAGUAAAAAUAUUCAUAGU